AAAAAUAUAUGUGUGUGCAUGCAAGCACCUGUGCAUGAAUAUUACUGACUCAAAUCAACAAUUUUAUUCAUGAAUGAUGUGUAACAUAUAUAACUAUGUUUAAAGAAUAUGAUGAGAGCUAAAUUCUAAGGACUGAUUAUAGCUACUACUUUGAAUAGUAAGUUGUGUCUCAUUAUUAAUCUUCAAAACAAAUCAUUUAAUGAAGCUGUUACUUUACUUUAUUGUUCCUUUUAAAAUGCUGUACUUUGACCUAGCAUGUUUGCAAAUUGUAGCAUUUCAUGCAUCUCUUUGCAAAAUUUUACCUUAACCAUCUCUUCCUGGUCAUGAAUAUGGAGUGUAAACAGUUUAAGUUUGAAAUCUGCACGCAUUAACAUUUCUGUGAGCAGAGAGAUGAUGAACGGGGUUAUUCUGGUUUAGGUAGGGGAGGUAAGCCCAAUAAAUUUUUAUCCUAUUUCCAUGUUACCCCUUUGUUAAGAAAUGUGUAAUUUGCUCUGAUUUAUUAGCACUAGGCAACCUCUGGUUUUGAAAACCUGGGAAAAGUAUCAGCAUAGCAUUGUUCACAAUAGUUUCACUAGUUUAUUUUUAUUUCCAGAUAUAAAACAACAGAAUUAUAUACACAAAGCAGCACCAAUAUGGAGUGAAUGUGAACUGAGACCAAUUAAAUAAGCAUGAACCUCCUUGAACUGGUUAUAUAAUGGGCUAUACACAACAGACCCUAUAUCUAAUUUUUAUGCUAGCAAAAGUGAUCAAAUAUUAUCUCUAGUAAAUGACUGAUAAACAGCAUUUCUAGUAAAUGACUGAUAAACAACAUCCCUAGUAAAUGACUGAUAAACAUCUCCAGCAAAUGACCUUCCAUUGAACUAAUCAAUGAUCAGAUUUAAUUGACAUAUUUAUAAAUCUGUUUCCCAUUAACUAUAAUAAUAAAUCCUACGUGCGCACUGCCAUUUUCGGUCUAUUUCACUAUGUUGGUGCAACUUCCUUCAAAGUCUUCCCCUUAGCUUUGAUAAAUUACCUUGAUCAUAUUUUCUCUACUAAUAAUAUUCACAUUGUAGCUUUACUAUGAUAACAUUGAUUUUAAUGUGGUGUGUCAACAUGAAAUUAAGCUAACUUGACACAAUUUAAAUCUACGCAUACGACGUAAACAACGAAAAGCUUAGACGUAGAUCUGACAGCUGUUAAACGAGAGACUUCUUUUUUUUUAAAUCACAAUAUGAAAUGGUCUAUUUCUGACUAAACGCUUCUCGGUGAUAUUAACUGUAAAUAAUUUGUAAACGAUUACUUUCGUUAAUGAAAGUAAGACAAAGACACUUCUCAAAGACUUUGAAAAGACAUUUAGUGCGAGUGUCCUCAGAUGACUUGUCGCUCACUUCCGGGAGAAGGUAGAUAAGUGAUGGGCAAAGCCACGGACGUAUAUUUAGUUCGUGGCUUUACUGUACCAGCAACCAGGGCAAACCAUGUAACACAGCAGAAGACUGAAGGUACCAAACCAGCUCAAUCUUCUUCUGAAAUUCCAGCUGAUAUUUUCGUGGCAUUAUUAUGUCCCAAAUAUCUUCAGAUAAUGAAGCAAGAGAAAUAGUAUGUAAACAGGGUGGAGCACACAGAUAGGUGACUGCAUAGACUGGUGUAUGCAACAGAGGUGGCACCAGUCAACCAAAUAGUUUGUGGAACAUGUUAUGGGGUUACAGCUGACACACUGCAGCCACAUGGAGACACGAGAGCCAAUCCCUGUAGAGGGGGUCUACCAUGAGCGUCAGAUGAAGGAGCUGUGUGCUCUGCAUGCACUCAACAACCUCUUCCAGUCUGGCACUGCCUUCACUAAGAAAGAUUUGGAUGAGAUCUGCGUCAAACUGUCACCGAACGCUUUUAUUAACCCACAUCGCAACAUCCUUGGCCUUGGCAACUAUGAUGUCAAUGUCAUCAUGGCCGCAUUGCAAAAAAAGGGAUAUGAAACAAUUUGGUUUGACAAGAGGAAAGAUGUGGGUGUUCUCGUUGUUGAGAAUAUCAUGGGUUUUAUCCUCAACACUCCCACGGACUAUCGGCUAGGAUUUGUUCGACUUCCAUUUCAUCGCAAGCACUGGAUAGCCAUCCGCAAAGUAGGGGACUUCUUUCUCAACCUUGAUUCAAAAUUGGACAGUCCUGAAAUGAUUGGUGGUCCAGAUGAUCUAGUGACCUUUUUGCGACAUGAGCUGCGAGAAGGAGAUAAAGAGUUAUUACUAGUCGUGGAUGCUAGAGUCAGUGAAGCCGCUUUGUGGCGAAGAGACAGCCUGACCUUAGCUCAGCACACUAAUCAUUUAAUGAAUGGGUCUGAUGAAUUGAACAAUGUUUGAAGAAAAAUAUCUUUUCUCAUACGUUGUUGGAUGUCAAUCAUGCAAACUUCUGGUUUGAACCUCUCCAUACAGUGUUCUUGAGGAAAGUGAGUGAUGAUAAGGUUGUGACUUACUUCAUCUUUUUUAUGCUUCUUAAAAUGGCAGCAUUCAUUUGCCUAAAAUGGACCCUACGUAACUAUUAUGAUAAAAAGAAUGGUAAAUGGAGCAGCCAGAGGGGAUUAAUGAUUGUGUUGUGUGUAGUUCUCAAGAAGUCCUUCAGUAAUAUUAUGUCUGGGAUCCUACUGGAAGGCCAGAUCAUGUAAUACUCUAUGAACAGAGUAUUGAGGGGUCUUGAGUAGUAAUGAUGAUGUGAUUGUACUUACAUAUCUGAAAAGUAGAAACCUCCCUUGUCAAGAGCCACCAUUAUGAUGAUAAAUUAUGUACACAGUCAAAUAACUACAUUUACAAGACAGAUGACCAGGGAACUCCAAACUGAAAAGAGUUAAUAGAGUAAAAUCUGUGGUCAGCAUAAAAGCUAGUCAAAAUGACACUGACAAGGCAGUUUCUGCCACAA